AUGGCAAAUCGAACACUAAAGGAUGCUAAAAAUAUACACGGAACAAAUCCGCAAUAUUUAAUUGAGAAAAUCAUAAGAUCGAGAAUUUAUGACAGUCAAUUUUGGAAGGAAAGCUGUUUCGCUUUAACCGCUGAAUUGAUGGUUGAUAAAGCAAUGGAAUUAAGAUUUAUUGGUGGUGUUUAUGGUGGCAACAUUAAACCGACACCUUUUAUUUGUUUAGUGUUAAAAUUUCUUCAAAUUCAACCGGAAAAAGAUAUCGUCAUUGAGUUCAUUAAAAAUGAGGAGUUCAAAUAUGUUCGAGCUCUUGGAGCUUUUUAUCUCCGUCUCACAGCAUCAGCAGUUGACUGUUACAAAUAUUUAGAGCCACUGUACAAUGACUACCGUAAGAUUCGUCGACAGAACAGAGCAGGCCAAUUUGAAGUCGUUCACAUGGAUGAGUUUAUUGACGAUUUACUUCGAGAAGAGCGAGUUUGCGAUGUUAUUCUUCCUCGCUUACAGAAAAGAAAUGUAUUGGAAGAGAAUGGAGAUUUAGACCCGAAAGUAUCUUUAUUAGACGAUGAUCUUGAUCAAGACAUUGACAUGAGUUCAGAAGAUGAUGAGCCAAAGAAGAAAAUGGACAUCGACGAUGACAAACGAAUCAAAUAUGCAAACAAAUCUGAUAGUUAUCGUCGUCGAAGUAGAUCAAAUUCCCAUGACAAAUACAAGAAAUCGAAAGAUAAACAUCGAAGAGAUCGUUCAUCGGAAAGAGACAGAAAACAUCGCGAGGAUCGACGAGAGAAGCGAAGAUCUCCUGAACGUCGCAGAUCGCCAGAAAGAGCUCGUUAUGAUGAUCGACAAUACCGACGUGACAGAAGCUACGAGAGAGAUCGUCGACGAUAUUAA